AUGACAGUACCAUACAAUGCUCUCUACACGAUCAUUGGCAUAAAAGGAUCCUCUCCUGGAUCAGCAAUGGAGAUGGAUUCAGAGAUCAAAUCAAAACUUGUAAUGGGUUCCUUUUUUAGAGCACUCUCCGAUUACUUGACAAAUAAUUUUAAUGGUAGAUUUAAUAUUUGGAAAAAUUAA